AUGAAAAAUCAGAAAAUAAGGAAAUUGCUAGGUACAGGCACAGCACUCCUCGCUUUCUUUAUCACAAGAUGCAGAGGGAGUAGAGAGGCUCUUAAUCAGGGAGAAGACAGUACUCCCGGGCCAUCAAAGAAAGAAAAAAGAGUAAAAAGUGGAAUAACCCGAGAAUAUCUUUCAUCUAUUGAGCCAUCUACUAAAACCAUGGAAGGCUCUCCCAUGGAAGACAGUCCUUUAAAUGCUUCAAAUGAAACAACAGAUCCGUCUGAGCUAUUUCAGCAGUAUGCUGCAGAGUCUAGUAAAGAAGAGCGCGCUUCAAGCCUGAUGGACACAAGUGCAGAAACUUCAAAGGGAAAAAAAAGAAAAAUAGACAAAGCUGAUGAAAUAGACGUUCUACAGGCUUUUUACAGUGAUCUUCAGGUCCAAAUAAACAAAAGAGCCCGAGGAAAUGACUCGUUGAAAGAAACAGAAGAUCUAUCUUGCCAGCAGUUAGAAAAAGAAAGCAUGAAAGAAAGCAAAGAGCAGUCCACCCAAGACAGUCCGGCACUGCUAUAUGAAAAGGAAAAAAUAAAAGAGCACGUGUUCAGACUGUGGAACAGCAAAAGAUUGAAAAACAUAACAAGAAAGGUCUAUAGAUCAAACCACAAAACAAUAUGCAUCUAUCCCACCUCUGAAGAAGCCAUGAUUAGAGAGGCAAAGUCCAAAUCCCAGCAAAUAAAGCUCAAAGAGUAUAUUGAAGAUUUUUUUGUUCAUAUUACUCCAUUGGUAAAAAAAGACGUUCUCUGGCUUUUCAUUGCAGGAAAAAGUCCAACUAUAAACAAAAGGUAUAAUGAUCUUCUAGGUCUGAGGGAGCUCUUCAAAGAUAGCAAGAAUCGUGCAUAUAUUAAAACAGUGGAGAGUCUUGAAGGUUACUAUCCCGGAAUAAUUGAUGAUCUGAUAGCAUAUGUAAAAGAGAAUCAGCCAAUGAGAACGACUUUGGAAAAUCCUCUAACCGCAUGGAACCAAACAGUGGGAGAUAUAUACAUGCAAAAACAUCUUGAUCUGAACUACUGCCUGAGCAAGGAGCAGGAAGACCUCAUCCAGUUAGAGAAGAAGUAUCAUGCAUUGGCCUAUGCAGUGCGCAUGAUCAUGAUACUGCCUGAAGUCUACCAAGACUUCUCCGGCAUUACCGAGGAUUUUAUAGAAAGACAUAGCACCUCUAAUGACCCAGAUGUAAACCAAGAGAACAGACAGAUUUUACUAGGCAUGCACAAACUGGUGGGUGCGCACAGAGCAAAAAAACAAAGCAAGAAAAUGUACAUUGACUUUUACAACACUCUUAAAAGUACGCAUAUGGGGAGAGGAAUAGAAGAAUCCACAGCUGCUGAACUGUAUAGAGAGAUAUACACUCUUCUUGCCAAGUUCUAUGAAAAUGCGGAAGUGGUUGACAAAAAGGCUAACUAUAUUCUAGCAGGAAAGUGUGUAAUAAAGAGCCAGAAGUGCAUGAAGUGUGAGAUGACAGUAACCAUGGCACCUGAAGACCAGGAUAAAAGAGUGGCAAUCUCUAGGUAUUCACUUGAGAAGCACAGCUGGAGUGUUGCACCAAGCGUGAAUGCACACUACCACGUGUACUAUGUGGACAACGCAUUGGGCCAAAUUAAGAUGCUCUGCAUGCCCAUAUAUAAGGAGGAUGGCAGCGAAGAAGAGCACUAUCUACACACAGUCAGCAAGAUAGUAGAGUACAUAAAGACACUGUAUGGAAUAGAGAAGUAUGCAGAUGUUAUUCACCCCUUCAAAGUGAACAAAAAAAGCAGAAAGUGGUCGUACAUCAAAGAAAAAGAAGAGAGAAACAAAACAGUGAAAGAGCUGGGAGAGUGCGAGCUGGUAUUCUACCACAUCAGGCACAGCCUGGAGGAAAAGUUUACGUUCACAGAGUUUAGGCCUAAGUACCUUCAUGAAAAGGGAAGUAUUUGUGUGCCACUGUUUCUUACUCCUUUGAUGCGGUCUGCUGUAGAGCUGGGGCCUUUUACCAAAAAAGGACAUCAUGAAGAGAUAAAGCUGACAGAUCUUGAAAAUAGAGAACCUGAUGUGUAUGACUAUAAUAAAAAGUAUAAGGGAAAGGAAUAUACAGAUGUGCAGGGAUAUUACAAAAACCUGUACAUACUACCAGAUGCACAGAAGAAGAAAAAUUUCAGCUGCUACGUUAUGAACUGCAGCUCUAGUAAAACAUCAGAUGGUACCGUUGAGGCCGUGUGGUAUGUGAGGGUGCCAAGCAGUGUAGACGAGUACACGCACUGCAUAGUUGAUAAAGAUCACAAAGAAAAAAGAAGUAAACAAAAGUUCAAUGAGCUUGUUGCAGCAAUAGAGUCAAGAGAGUACAACAAAGAUAGCGAACUGCAGGGAUUCUGGCUGUUGUGUGGUGAUGAAAGAGGCAGUAUAUCUGUAGGAAGAAUGUCUACAAUAUACACAUGGAUAGUAGACAAUAGCCAAGAUUUGAAAAACGGGAGCAGAAAUAGUCUGAAGAGUCUUAGGUUAAGAAUAGAUCAUGAAAAAAGAAGAUUUGAAGAAGCAGAAAAAAAACAAAGAAGCUUAGGCUCGCUGAGCACAGAGAAUGACACAGAAGAGAAAAGACUGGAAAAGAGAGUGGCAAUUUCUACAAAAAGCGAUGCAAAGAAAAAGCUAGAAAUACUCUGCAAAGAGUUCUCCAAAAAGCCAGAGUUUCUGGAAACAGAGUUUUUUGUGUUCCGAAAUGCCAACCGCAGUAAGUCCAACAUGCAUGCACACAACGAGCUACUUGAUAUUUUUAUCAUGCGCUACAACCGCCAAAGAAGUAGUAGCAGUAGAUAA